AUGGAUGACGACAGUGUAGAUUUCAUGUCGACUGAAGCUGAUGAAAAACUGAAUUCGGACUGGUGGGAGAAGACACCUUUAUUGAAUGGCCAUUCAUCGUCAACAUCAAAUCACCCAAACACCCCAUUUGCAAGGACAUUCAAAAGACCUUCAAUCCAAACUCAGAUUACUAGAACCUGGCCACUAAGAGAGCCAGGAGUCCAAUUCGCUACUCCACGGCCAACAAGUCUAUAUCUUCCUUCACCAUGGGCUGAUCAAAGCAGUGUUGGAGGACCUCCUCAACGUAGACGAGGAAUCAAGAAAUUGUCUCGAAAGAGUGUUCAUUAUGAUGAUGCUACAGAUGGUGAAGCCUUGGAAUCUACUGGAAUGAGGAUUUGGUACUCUGAUUACAGUACUAUUGACUGGAUGCAUGACUUGGUCAAAGAACAUGUACGUCUCCGCCAGCUCAGAAGCAUGAAAGGAUUGCGAGGGUUCCUAGCAGGUAUCUGGGAUGCCUCUCAAGCAUGGAUCCUCGUCCUCCUAAUCGGAAUCGCAGCUGGCUGCGUCGCAUCGCUCAUCGACGUAAUCCAAGACUUACUCACAGACUUGAAGAGUGGAUACUGCUCUUCAAAUAUCUUGUCAAGUCAGAGUCGCUGUUGUGCAGGCAGUCAAGAUGCUGUCUGUACCUCAUGGAUUGAAUGGACGAGCACCGCCAACUCACCAUUCGAAAAAUCGCAAUCAUAUUUAUGGUCGUAUCUUUGGUAUAUCGGACUGGGUGUUUUGUUCGCGACUGUAUCUGCUGGCCUAGUGCAAUUCACCGCACAUAUUCGAUCAGACUCUAAUGUUGAAUCAUCAACAUCACCAAAUGCAUCAACACCACACAAGAUUGUGUAUCAUGCGGCUGGAUCUGGAAUUCCUGAAGUCAAAACCAUACUAUCAGGUUUUGUCAUUCGUGGAUUCUUGGGAUUCAGAACACUGGUUAUCAAGAGCUUUGGAUUGAUUCUUGCUGUUGCUUCUGGGUUGACUAUUGGAAAGGAAGGACCCAUAGUACAUAUCGCUUGCUGCAUAGGCAAUGUAUUGUCCCGGAUCUUUGGAAAGUAUGCUCGUAAUGAGGGUAAACGUCGAGAGAUGUUGAGUGCCGCUGCUGCAGCAGGAGUGUCUGUAGCUUUUGGUGCUCCUAUUGGAGGCGUCUUGUUUUCCUUGGAGGAAGUCUCGUACUAUUUCCCUUCCAAGACUAUGUGGAGGUCCUUGUUUUGUGCUCUUAUUGCCAGUUUGACAGUCAAGUUCCUAAAUCCAUUAGGAACAGGCCAAGUAGUCAUGUUCCAAGUCUCAUAUACAUCAUCAUUCGCAUUUUUUGAGCUACUUUUCUUUGCUCUUCUUGGUGUCAUUGGAGGGCUGUAUGGUGCCCUCUUCAUCAAAGCAAACAUGUGGUAUCAAAAGCUUCGUGGCAAAUCAUUCCUUCGUAAUCAUCCAAUCAAGGAAGUGAUGAUGCUGGCAUUAGUCACCUCAGCAUUGAAUUAUCUUAAUGUGUUUUCGAGAGAUGGAAUGGCUGGAUUUGUGGGUAAAUUGUUUGCACAGUGUAAGGAGGGAGAGGAUGGACUCGGGGAUAUGUGCAAGUUUUCAGAAAUGGGAUCUGUUGCAUACCUGCUAGUCCAAUUCAUGCUUCUCAAGGCAGUUCUUGUGGUAAUUACUUUUGGAUCCAAGAUACCUGCUGGAAUAUUCAUUCCUUCGAUGGCUAUUGGAGGAAGCGUUGGUCGCUUACUUGGAAUGCUACUACUCCAUCUUCAUACCACAUACCCAAACAUGUCUCUCUUCCAAGAAUGCCAUGAUUCAAAUUGCAUAGUACCUGGCGUUUACGCUAUGGUCGCAUCUGCUGCAGCUUUGAGCGGUGUGACUCGAAUGACGAUCUCACUAACAGUAAUCCUAAUCGAAGUAACAGGCCAACUCACACACGCAGUACCCAUCAUGAUUGCAAUCCUAACUGCCAAAUGGGUAGCAGAUGGAUUUGGGCGUGACUCGAUAUACGACAAGAUUAUCGACUUGAAUAAUCUUCCGUAUUUGGAAACCAAGCAAGAUUAUCUUGUCGGUAAUAUCACGAUUGCUCAGGUCAUGGAGGGUGCAGAGACUAUUAAGGCUGGGAGGAAGUAUACGAUUGAAGAGUUGGUGGAUAAGCUUUCCAGAUUGUAUCAAUCUGCAUGGAGUUCAGAUGGUGGUUUCCCUCUUGUACAAUCAAACAUCCUUGUCGGAUGGAUUGGCUACGCUGAACUUGAGCACGCCUUGGGCGAAGCACAAUCCGCAAACUGUGACAUCCCAUGCUACUUCAAACGUCCCAUCCAUCAAUCUCCUCAUCGUCCAGCCACUCCACACCCAUCAUUCACACCCCAAUCCAUCGCAACAGAAGGCGAUGGUCACGAUUUUAGCAUUUGGGUAAACUGGGCGCCAUUGACGAUCUCAGUUGCAUCGUCAAUGGAUAUUGCGACUGAAUUGUUUGUCAAAAUGGGUGCCAAAGUGAUUCUGGUUGUUGAGGAUGGUGGGUUUGUUGGGCUGAUUCAUAAAAAGAGGUUGAUUUCUUACCUCAAGAAUAAGAAUUCCUCAUAA